AUCGAUUAAGAGGAGUCGAUUAAGACAAUAUCUUUUUACAUACUCCUAAGCUGAAAUACCUUGAUUUAACAAACAACUUUUUAACUGUAUCAGACAUAUUACAUAGAAUGUUUAGUCCUCUAACAAAUCUUACCAAUUUGAAUCUGGACUCUACUCGUCUAACAUGGAUACCACCUAAAGCUUUUCAAUCACUGCGAUCACUAAAAUGGCUGACUCUACAAGGCAACUCUUUGUCCUCGUGGAAUGACAGGCUAUUUGAGCCGAUGAAAAACUUGCGGUACUUGAAUCUUCAAGGUAAUUAUAUCAGCCUUAUCAACGAAUCAUCGUUCCCAGAUGAAAUGUUAAACAGACUUGAAACACUUGAUCUAUCAAAAAAUCAUUUUGCCUGUACAUGCAAUCUUAUGUGGUUUCGAGAUUGGAUCAGACACAAAAAUCUUAGUUUACCAAAACUGACCAACUUUCCACGUGAAUAUAAAUGCAUUUAUCCAGAAAAAAUGCAUAGAGUACUCUUAAAAGAUUAUAAUCCAACGAAAGAGAGUUGUACGCCCUGGAACCCGUUAUUCACAGUAGUGAUAACGUUAGCAUCAUUUACAGUGUUGGUUCUUGUUCUAUUACUAACCGCAUACAAAUGUCAUUCCAAUAUCAGAAACUACUGCUACCUGUUCCGACUGAACACACUUAAACGCAAAGGCUAUAUAAGAUUAAAUAGUAGCGAGGAUUACGAGUACCAUGCAUUUGUAGUAUACUGUGACGCAGACAGGAAAUGGGUCCAUAAUAUUUUCUUGCCUAAACUUGAAAACGAAGGUUUCAAGCUGUGUAUACAUUUCCGAGACUUUGAUGUUGGGGUCUCAAAAACUGAAAACGUAGAUACUUAUCUAAAGAAAUGUUGGAAAAUUAUAGUUAUUAUGAGCAAUGAAUUUGCAAAGAGUGAAUGGUGUCAAUGGGAGCUAGAAUUUUCACAAGACCGCAGACGCAGGCAAGGAAGAAACGCAUUUCUACCAAUUAUGCUGAAAACCAUUAAUUCAAAGCACAUGAUAUGUCCAAUUAGGACAUUGCUGAAAACAACUCCAUAUGUUACACAUCAAACUGGAGUAGGAGAGGAUUUAUUUUGGAAAGCUGUAAUUGAAGGCAUACAGAAACCUCUGGGCAAUCCACCCGUUGCAGUUUGACAGACUAUGUAC